UUCCUGUUUAACCUAACAACAUCACAACACAAUUAGGGAGGAGUAGAUAAAACCUACUUAGAAAUUCUAAAAAUGUUGAAAAACAAUACAAUCAAAGGAUGUGCUGUGUAAACAAUAAGAUUUUUUUAAAUUAUGUCUAGGUUUAUAGAUUCAUUGUGUGUUCUAUUGCUGGAGAGUGAACAGUGAACAAUGCUACACAUAACCUAAAAGUACUCCAUUAGCAUUUUGAGAUAUGAAUUAUUCAUCGAUCAACAUUUUACAGUUUCCAGUAAGAUGGUGUUAAUCUUGAGUUACACAAGCUGGACGUUUUAUUUUUUAGCGUCAAUGCGUGUACAGUUUUCAACUAGCUGUCUCUGGCUGAGUUAAGGCUAAAAAUAACUAGUAUGUCUCGAGCGUGAGUGUGUGUGUAUGUGUGGGACAAGGGAAUUCACUUGUCGCCUUGACUGUUUUGUCUUAGUUUUUCAUUAUGUUUGACAAUUUCCGAAGUAUAUGCUGUGUCCGUGUGUUUAGUGUAAUUUGUGAUGCUACAAGUCAGAGUUAAUAUGAUAUUAAGAAGAUAAGGAUUAACUCAAACCAAGGGACUGAGACAGAUAAGCAGGCAAGAUGGUGGUGCCGGAGUCAUCCAUCAACAACAUCAUGGGCGGCCUGGAGAGUACGGGGGGCGUCCGGCUGCACAACCAUAAACGGAAACUCAAACAGAGAUUUGACCUAGUCAAGAAGCUGGGACAGGGAACGUAUGGGAAAGUACAACUAGGGAUAAACAAGGAGACAGGUCAAGAGGUAGCCAUAAAGACAAUAAAGAAAUGCAAGAUAGAAACGGAAGCAGAUUUGAUCAGGAUACGACGCGAAAUUCAGAUAAUGAGUUCAGUGCAACAUCCGAACAUCAUACACAUAUACGAAGUGUUUGAGAACCGAGAGAAGAUGGUGUUGGUGAUGGAGUACGCGGCUGGAGGAGAGUUAUACGAUUUUCUCAGUGAGAGGAAGGUGUUGUCUGAGGAGGAGGCGAGGAGAAUAUUCAGACAGAUAUCUACGGCUGUAUACUAUUGCCACAAGCACAAAAUCUGCCAUCGGGACCUGAAGUUAGAAAACAUACUCCUUGAUGAAAAUGGAAAUGCAAAAAUUGCUGACUUUGGGUUGUCGAAUGUAUUUGAAGACACCAGACUUCUCAGCACAUUCUGCGGAAGUCCUUUGUACGCUUCUCCAGAGAUCGUUAAAGGAACUCCGUAUCACGGGCCUGAAGUAGAUUGCUGGUCACUGGGUGUAUUGUUGUACACUCUAGUCUACGGAGCAAUGCCUUUUGACGGAUCAAACUUCAAACGACUCGUCCGUCAGAUCUCACAGGGCGACUAUUUUGAGCCUAAGAAACCAUCACCUGCAUCACCGUUGAUUCGAGACAUGCUCAACGUAAACCCAGCUCGGAGAGCAGACAUUGUGGCCAUCUGUUCUCAUUGGUGGAUAGACGAGAACCAAUCUGAAGCUUGCAUGGAUGUGGCGGAGGAGUUGGCCAAUCAGACGCCAGUAAGGCUUGACCUACUCCUGUGUUUGGCUCCCAGCGGCAAUGACGACAAGCUGCUAUUGGCUGAUCAGCCACCCAACGCUGAGGGAGGAGACAGACCAUUGAGGUCUCAGUCGCUCAGCAGCCUGGCUACGGCACAACCUGACUUCCUCUCCGAGGCCCCUACACAGACCCGACGUGACACUGAAAGCAGAAGUAAAAGAAAAGAAGAAGGUGGAAGUGUAAAGAGAAAAGAACGCUCGAGAAGUAGAAGAGAAAGAUCAAGCAGUCGAAGCAGAAGAGAUGAUUCAACACCCGAACCAGACUCUGUCUCUGAGAAACCGAAGAGAAAAUCAGUGAAAUCGAGAAAAAGCAGGGAAGAAGCUCAAGUCGUCGAGGAACCCAAAGAAGAAAUGCUGCAACCGAAGAUCGCAGAGGUUGACGAAGAGUUGGCUAAGUCCAGUGAGACGAUCCUAGCGCCUGUGACUCCUGUUGAUGAAGCACCUAAACCCAAAUCACCUGUGCCUUCAGAUGAAGUUGUGAUUGAGGAGGUCAAAUCACUCAGUGAAGAACUGACCACACCGACUCCUCUCACUGCAGAACCUGCUAAACCUCCGUCUCCUGCUCCUCCUGCAGGAGUUAAGCCUAGCGCUACAGUCAUCCUGGAGAAAACUGAGGAAAAGGAGAAACCUGCGGAGGAAGAAAAACCUUCUAAACCAAUGGAGAGGAGAAAGUCAAAAAUAUUUGAAACCGCUGAGAAGUUCAACAAAAUCGGCACAGCUGAAGCACAACCGAAGCCACAACCCAAGAAAGUGGUGUUGCCAGGGGUGAAAGUUAGCGAUUAUAAGAAAGCAUACGAGAGGAGAUCCUCAUUGGCUUCAUCAACAACGAAUUUUGUCAGAGGUUCGGCUUCCAGAAAAAGUUUAUCGGGUGAGUCUAGCAUCUCUCCUCCACCAGUGGACGAUACUAAGUUCUCUCUCGCUUCUACCGUGGCGCUCAACAAACUGGUUGAGAACGUGGAGAAACUGUCGAAGAUGGAGGAUGAAAAGGAAAAGGCAGAGAGUGAGGAGAGAAAGGCUGAAAAGAAAGCAAGUCCGGAGAAAGUUGUUGAAGUGAAGAAAGAAGAAACAAAGACUGAUAAAGGAGUUAAGGUGGAGGACGACACAAGGAAGAAGGUGAAGAAUGCUGUUCAGGUUAUUGGCAAUGCAAUAACCGAAGGAAUCGGUGGAGACGGAAAGGCAGCAACAUUGCCUAGAAGACGAACGUCAAGAGCUGAAAUCAAAUUGACAAUGCCCCCGCCUAAGCCUGUGGAGUUCCGCAGUGAAGUGGAGCACAUGGUGGCGGCCCCCGCUGCCCCCACAGUACAGAGGUCAGAGGUCAAAUUCCCUGUGGCAGCACCCCCGCCUGUGUCAAGUACCAGAGUGACCCCAGUUAGACAGAGCAGUACACCGCGGGAGUACAUUGUACCUAUACAGCUGGAGGACUCAACAGCUGUGAAACCCCCUCCUCCUCCCCCCUCCACUCAGCGACCCGUCAGUCGCACCAGCUCCAAGAGUCUGUCUCGCCAAAGCACUGCAGACUCAGACUUUGGCAGCAGCACUAGUGUGGGAGAGCCAAUACGCAAGUCUCCGAGAGAAGUAAUCAUCCCUAUAGCAGUGGAGGGUGGCGGCUACGUCACUCCCAGCGCGGAGGCCAUCUCUAGAAUGAGUUCCCUAAACGAAAGCGAGGAUGACGUGCCUCGUGGCUUCGGUCUACACAGCACUCGACGACAAACUCGACAAUUGGAGACAGCGGAUAGCGUUAGCUCAGACGAAGAUGAUGACAACUUUGAGAUACUCACUGCCGAGAACCUAUUCUCAACGUUGCUGUCAAGGGUAAGAAGUCUGACCCAAAGACUCAAUACGGAAGACAGGCAGACAGCUUUCCCAAGACUCUUCAACCAUCAUCAUUCGAUUUUCGACAUCCCUCCGAGUCGGAGGUUAGCAGAGGCCCGAUCCUUCGGCCGCGCAGACAGUGUUCCCUGGCGACGCAGCGCGAGUCGAGAGUCUUCCACUUUGCCGAGAGAUGGGUCAAUCAAUAGAAUCGGAACUUCACGUAGGACAGGAUCUUUGAAGUCAUCAGGGAAAGAAAAACCGCCCCCGUAUAGAACACCAGUGCGAAACUCUUCAGAAGUGAGUCGUCCUAACUACAGCAAUUCUAACAAUACCGAGUGCUCAGAGAUGAGCAACUCUGCACAAGAAGCAAAUUUCUCAACAUUGCCAGAGAAUGGUCAGCGUGAAAUAAAAUCUACAGAAUAUGAAAACACUGCUGUAAUCAAAACAUCAAGGGGUAUUCCGAAUUCCGAAAUAAUAGGAUCUUCAGUAAGUAAACCCACAAAGACUAAAUCAGAAUUGUCAAAGAAAUGUUCAAAACUUCCUCGCUUGCUAAUAAAAAAUCCACAAGAAAAACAGAAGAGUGAGAGCGUUGAAAGUUCUGUAAAUGGAGACAGCAGUUUGGAAAGUUCUCAAACCCCUCGGAGAAACUCACUUGAAAGACCUUCAUACUUCAAUUCGCUUUAUAAGACAGGAUUCAGACCGUAUAAUGAUAGUAUGACAAGAUCACUUAACCAUCCAUCAGAGUUUGUGAAUGGUGAUGUUAGACCAAGUAUGUCUACUUCACUUCACAGUGAUAGUUUGGACACAUCUGGGUCAGAAUAUGAUUAUCGUUCUAUCAGGCCUUAUGGCACUCUUGGACGAACGUACAGCUUAAGGAAUUCACCUGCAAGAUCAUACGGAACUUUGCAUACACCGGUGAAAUCAAGUAUGGAUCCUGACACGGAAUUUAAGUAUUCCAGUCCGACGACAAAUGUGAGUAGAGGAUCAACCAUGAAGGAUGGUCAACGCACUUCUCGGUUCCUGAGACCAAAAUCAUUCUACGGUGGAAGUGAUUUGAGCAGCUACUCUGUGCCUUCUAGUCCUAAUCCUAUAACAAGUAGUGUUGAAACCAGGAGAAGUCCUAGCUACCAGAGGUCGAUAUCUUUGUUUGAAGGUAAGAAACCAGAGAUUUACCAACGGUCGUUGAGUGUUACUCCUGAUAGAUCUGUUCUUGGAAAGUUUUUCAAUGAUAAAAAGGAUGAUGAACCGUCAAAAGUGUUGAAAGAAAUUAAUAGAGAAAAAUCAAAAUCACGAAAGGUCUCAAGGUUUUUGAGGCCUGACUUCUACGACACACCUAAAGAAGACAGCGCUUACGAGAAAAAGGAAAAGGAAAAAAAUGUUGCAAAUGGACAAAUCUGGAAAGAGAAAUCAAAACAGAGUUCUACACAGAAGAAAACUUCAAAGAAGUCACAGGAGGAUGCAAAAUCUGUUGAUAAUCGAAUGAGCAUUGUUGAUAAAGCGAUUAGGUCUUUAAAAGAAAACAGUUUAGGUAGAAAUGAUUACGAUUCCAUAAGAGAAUCAAACUUAAUUAAAAGAGCAGUUUCUCUAGAAGACUGUUCAAUUGUGCCAGAAAACAGAGCUAGAAGAUCAACAUCUUUGACUCCUCAAUCACAUCAGGAAAAAAAAUCCGAUAAAUUGCAUAGCGUCUUUCAAAAAAAGAAAUUCGAAGACUACAAAAAAAUUGUGGAUCAGAAAUUAAACAAGAACAAAGAAAGUGAAGACAGUCAAAAGAGAGAGUCAGUGAUUGAAAGACUGUCGAGAAAACUAAGUCCCAAAAAUAGAGAUAAGCAGAAAGUGACUGAAAAUUCUUGCAACGGAGUUACCAGUCAAAAUGAAGACUUGGAAUGUCGUAGCAGACACAGUAGGAUCGCCGGAUUGAAGAGGUUGGAGUUCAGUCGACCAAUCCCGAGCGCAGACUCUACUCCAAGCGUAGAAGAGUCCAAAUACAGUGGAGACUUUGAUGAUUCCUCCUCGUUCCUGUCGCCCACUGAAGACGGGAGUGACACGUGGUCGAUCAGUUCAGAGUACGCAGACGCUAGGGACAUCUUCGCAGGCUCAGCCAACAACGAAGACUCUGUCAGUGAACGAAUCCGACGAAAAAGCUUCUACUCUCGUUUCAAUCAAACAAAACGGAAAAAAUCCACGAGUGGCCAACUAAACGGGUCAAGGUCUAGGCUUCCGAUGUAUUCAAAGUCGAUGACAUCAGAUCUCGCCAGCCCGACCUCCUCCAAGUCAUUGCGGAAGAUUUCAGAUCCCAAUCCACCAGUGGAGAAAUGAGUUAAACUUUUUAGUUUUUUUUACCAAUGUUUGUGGAAGUUAAUUAUCAUUUUUAUUGAAAUAAUGUUAUGUAGUGUUUGAUUAUUAUUAUUUAAUUUGCAUGUUUUUUACCUUGACACUGGUGAUGUUAUUUUACAGAUCGAAAUACAAAAAUUUGAGGAUUUAGUUAGUUGCAAACAAAACUUUCAAUUAAUCACGUUGUAAAGCUUUGUUUUGUCACUUGCCAAUUUAAAUUCAGGUAAUAUAUCUACUAUUUAGUGGUAAUGAAAUUUAUUGAUUCAGUGACAGUCAGUGCACUAGAUAAACCAAAGUUUAUUUAAAGUAUUUAUUGUUGUGUUCCGUUAAUCCUGACGAUUCUAGUCAUAAGUUACUGUCCAGAAGUUACUGUUGUUGUAUGAUGAAACAAGCAGCCCAGCUGCAGAAAGUAAUUAGGUUUUUCUGAUGAUUACUUUAGUUUCAUUUUAUAUUUGAGUUAAAAUUUUAGUGUGCUUUUUAGGCUUUUGUUCUACGCACAAUUACGAAUCUUCUGUGAAGCUAUUGAUGUAGUAUUCGUAGCUAGGAGUAGUGAUAUUUUUGUAAAAAUAAACUAAUAACUGUUAAAUGCUGUAGAAUGUGUUUAAUCUUUUUAACUUCAGGUUUGCUGUACAAAAAUGACUGAGAAAAAAGCAAUUUACCAUGUAAGGGAUGGUAUACAUAACUGUUAAUGAAGUAAACAUUUACAAAAUUACAUCAAGUAACUAAUAAAACUUUACUGAUAUUACUUUAUCAUAGGAUGUGACAAAACCAAAUAUCAAUAAUCUCAAAACCAUCAAAACUUAGGAAAAAAGUUUCAAGAUUCAAAAGUUUGGCAGUUUUAUUCUUGAAACCCUUGACAUUUUUUGCGUCAUUAUUCUUUUUCACACUAGCUGGUAGAAAUAGAGCAAACAGAUCAACAUUAACGGUAAUGAGAAAAGUUGAAUUGUAUUCUGAACCGAACCUGAAAAUCUUAAAUACUAUAACUGAAAUUUACAACUCAGCUCAGUUUCAUAACUAUUUUUACACAUAAGAAAUAUUGACCCCUAAGUCUUCUAAUUAGUUUAAUAUUCAUGUUUUAGUUGGUGUCGGUGGUUAAACUUAUUUUAAUGUUAUCAAAAUAAUGAUGUUUUCGGUUUUUCGAUCAUUCACAUAUUUAUAUAAUUAGAUCUAAACAUGUUUUUUUCUGCCACUGAGCUACAAGCUAUAUUAUUAUGUCAGUAUUAGGAGUCAAUCUCUUUCAGUUUUGUUUACAUACUUAACAUUUUAUUUUCACCUGUAUUUAAUUGUAACCAACCUAUGUAACCAGCUAAAUAAAAAAAGUUUCGCUUUUAGGUUUCAAGAUUCGGGGUACAAUCUUUUUAAGUUUUGGUUUUGAGAUUCAACAUUUCUGGUUUAGACCUCACUACUUUAGCAACUGUUAAGAAUUAGAAAUAAAUCCUCACUCUGUUUAUUCCUCUUCAAGAUAUAAUAGGAAUGUGUAAUAUUAAUUCAAAGAUUGGUAUUACAAUUAUAGCUAUCAAAACAUACAUCAUUUUUAAGUUACCAAUAUUAGCAAUAGGUUCCAAACCUUAUCAUUUUAAAAAUUUGACGGAUAUAUUUUAUGAAGUACACAAUUAAUUUUAGUUCUACAUCAGUAAAAUUAGUAUUUUCCUUUUGUCUACAAUCAAUAGUAAUAGUGUAGUUUUAAUGGAAAAUAAAUUACCAAUUUUGGUGCUAAAGAUGGUCAAUCGAAUAGGUAUUUUUGAUAGAAUAGAUUUUAUAUUUAAAUUUUUAAAAUGUAAAAUGUUUUUAACUGUUUUAGAAGAUCUUUGCUAUCUAGUUUUAAAUCUAACAUGAAUAAUUGAUCAACUUAUUCGCUUAAAUUAUUUUAAUUUUAACAAGGGAUUUUAAUUUUGUAGUUUUUGUACCACUAAUUAUUUAUUUUUUAAUUUAUUAAACAGUAACAUUUUAUUUUUGAAAUACUUCGCUAUUGAGUAGAUAAUUAAUUUAGUUACUAAAUUAUCACUAAUUUUCUCUAUAUAAAUGUUGUUGUUUCAUGAUCAAAUUGUAUUAAAAAUGUAAAUGAUAAACUUAAUUUCAAAUAUCUUCCUGGAUUUAUGAAAAUGUAAAAACAUUUCUAAUCUGUUUGAAACUGUUUUGUAUAUAAGCAGCAAAAAAUGCUGAACCCUCAGUUACCUAAUGAUGUAAUGAAUAUUUUUCCAAUCUAUACUUUUGAAAGAGUAGGUAAUGUAAUGAAAAGUUAAAAAACAUUUUUGUUUAUAUGGAAUUAUUUUUACAAUCAAGGUAGCUUUAUAUUACCGAAAUAUUGUUUGUCGCCUAAUAAUUUUUUCUUUAUGUAGCACAUUGUUAAAUUAAUAAGAUGUUAAGUAUUAUGUAUAUACAGAGUUUACUCUUGUUUAUGAUAACAGCUGAUCCUCACUGUACAUACACUGCUUGACUCAAUAAAGAGAGAGAUUUUGAAUAA